UUCAACAGGAUGGACAGAACAUCUUGAGUCGGAGUAACAUCAUUCAGAGACAAUUCACUUGUAGUCUAAGAGCCUCCAAGAGCACUGGGACUGGAGUGUCCCACUUUUCAUGCCUACUGAUCCUCCUUGCUUCCACCUGCUUCAUUGCAUGGCGUAGAUCCAGGAACCGUUGUGUUGAGAAGUUUUCAUGCAAAGCAUAUUUGUCUUCUAAAGAUGAGCAAUCAGGAGGUGACUUACUCAGCUUUGAGGUUUCUUCAGGCUUCUUCAAGCUCUCAGAGAAGAUCCAAGCCGGAUGGCACUCGAACUGGUGAGAAAGAGUUUUCUGUGCCCUGGCAUUUAAUUGCAGUGACUCUUGGAAUCCUCUGUUUGAUUCUCUUGAUGAUAGUUUUAGUGUUGGGGACAAAGUAUGUUCAUCUAAUUCAAGAGAAACAUGAACAACAGGAAAUUCUAGGAAAUCUCAGUCAAAAGUACAGCAUCAACGAGCAACUUUUGGCCAAUAAAACCUUAGAAUACGACAGAGUCAGAAAUGAAAGCUUUCUGCCAAAAAAUAAGCUGGCAUCAUCUUUAAAAAAGGAAGGAUGCUGUGCAAAAGGACCUGUUCCUUCAAAAUCCCUACAAAAUCCAGGAAAACUCUCUGAGGACUACUGGUCAUGUUUUGAUGUCAGCUGCUAUUAUUUUGUUCAUGAUAAUAAAAACUGGCAUGGAUGUAAACAAACUUGCCAGUAUUACCAUUCCUCCCUUUUGAAGAUAGACAACGAGCAGGAACAGGAAUUCAUUCAGGUUCAGAUUGGUCAAAAUAGAUACUGGAUUGGAUUGUCAUAUGAUGAAAAAGAAAGAAAAUGGAAAUGGGUUGAUACUGGUUCAUCAACUGGAGUGAAUUUUGCAAUGAUGAGUUUGCCUUCUAGGAGAGGAGAAUGUGCACUUUUAAGCUCAACAAAAGUAACACCCAUUGAUUGCUCUAAAACCUACAGUUGCAUCUGUGAAAAGGAAAUUGAUUGUGUUUUCCGUGCUUCAGUGUGCACUUAGAAGCAAAGGGCUUGGCCUGUUGUGGAAACAGAGAUGAGCUGGAAGAGGAAGAAAGUAUUCUGAGCAAUGACCUAGGAGAUCAAAUGACAUCCUCUCCCUGUGAACAAGUUGAAGCCUUUUUGUUUGGAGAUGAGCUGCCCCUUCCUUCAUGUUUCUGAUAAAUUAGUCUUUCCAUUCCUUUGAAUCCCCAGGACCCAUUAGAGAAUCUUACAGAUUAGUCUGCCUCUUUCCCUCAGAAAUAGGAUCCACCAAGAUAGUAACAUGUCUCCCAUCUAAGUACUAACCAGGCCUGACCCUGCUUAGCUUCCGAGAUCAGACGAGAUCUGGCGCGUUCAGGGUGGUAUGGCCGUAGAGCAAGCCAGUAACAUGUAACCUGGAGAGCACAGGGAAGAAUGGGAACAGAGCUCUGUUUGAACUACCCAGGAGCGUGAAUCAACUUUAAGGAUUAUUUUGCUAUGAAAUUUACAUCUAAACAGGUCAAACUUUUGAAGAAGAGGUACAAGGAAAUGCCGCAUAUUUUUUACUCACAAUUAUUGCUUGUACUGUGCUCAAUUCAUUGAAUUCUUCCCCUUUGCUUUGUCUCAUUGCCUAGACAUCUGAAGAUAAAUUGAAGAUACUAUGUUUACAUGUCUAAAUAGUUCCCAAGAACAGAACUUUGUUUUAUAUCACCAUGCCAUGAGGACCAAAAUUAAGGAAUUUCGCAUUGGUGCAGUGUUGUGAUCUAAUCUAGAAACCAUUUUCAAAUGUUUUCCACUAUUCUGAUAGUCUUAAACACGAUAUCUAGGUAUUAAUCAUGAUAUCUAAGAUGUCCUGAUUUGGAGUAGCUGUUUAGAAUUUCUUUCUCUUUUUGAUUUUGGUAUUGUUUUAAAAAGGCCAUCAACUUAGACUUUGUGCACAAGUAAGUAUUUAUCUGGAACUGGCACGGUGUCCUACUGGCUAAAACAUUGCCUUGCAAGAGCUGGGAUCCCUUCUGGGUGCUGGUUUGUGUCCCAGGUGCUC